GAAAAAAAUCCUUGUGUCUUUCAAGACAUCAGUAACAAACUUGCACAGAUAUCUGAACAAAGUGUUGAAUUUAUUGGGGAUCUACUUGAAGUUAAUGCUGGAAAAGAGCUGUGUCUAUUUGUGGAAUUUCAAAUUCUGAGUUUUUAAUUGUGCAAAUAUCCACAUCUUGGCACCAUGGCAACAGGCAAAAAUAUUACAACUCAUCAGAAUGUCAGUGGUGCUGGAAAACUGUUUGCACCCAAUAUUCAAAGUGAUCAUAUCUCUGGACCUGUGUCAGUUUCCAUGGACAACAAGACAAUUGUUAACUACUAUGGAGGUGCCCCAGAUAAACCACUUACGGAGGCUGAUUUGCAAAAUCUCAAAGAGAUCCACAAAAAUAAAUCAAGAGAUUGGUUUCAGUACAUGGUAGAAUACGGGAAGAGGGGUGGAAGCUCAGUCCCACUGUGCCAGCGAUUUGUCAAAGUAGGCAUCGUUGAGGUGGAUAUGAACGAAUCCGAUCGGCCCGAUGAGGCUUCACAGAACUUUAUUGAACUUGAUCGCCUGUUUGAGCCAUUAGCUGACCAGCCCAAAGCCCCCAUGACUGUAGUUACAAGGGGUAUAGCUGGGAUUGGAAAAUCAGUUCUUGUACAAAAACUCAUCUGCGACUGGGCCACAGGCGCUGCAUUGUGCAAUUACGAUUUCAUCUUCAGGUUUUCCUUCCGCGAGCUUAGUUUAUUGUCCACAAUGAAAAAGGAAAUCAGUCUACCUGACCUUGUCAAACAGUAUUACCCACAUAUAGAAAACUGUGACAGUAUUUUGACAAAUGAAUCAAUCCAGUCCAUGUUUAUCAUUGAUGGCCUAUCAGAUGGUGAACUGGAAUUAGACUUUACCAAAUGCAUGGUAUGUCGAGAUGUGAACAUGGCUGUCACACCUGCUACUUUACUCAUCAAUCUCAUCAAAGGGCAACUUGUUCCUUCAGCUACUAUUUGGAUAACAACCCGGGCUGGAACUCAAAAUGCCAUACCCGAUAGCCUCAUAACCAGGAUGACUGAAAUCAAAGGCUUCCAAGACCAGGAAAAGGAAGCCUAUUUCCGUAUGCGAUGCAAAGAUGAUCAACUGGCAGAGAGAAUUAUCCAGGUUGUGAAGAAACAGCGGAGCCUCUUCUUCAUGUGCCUGGUCCCUGCUUUUUGUUGUACUCUGUUUGCUGUUUUGGAAGCUGUGUUGAAAUCCGCAGGAGUGGAUGAAGUACCCCAAACACUUACAGAAGUCUAUUCUCAGUUCCUCGUUUAUCUGAUUAUAUACCAGCAGGAAAAAACCGAACAAGCAAAAGGCAGUGAACGGACUAAAAUUCUGCAGUCAAAGCAAAACUCAGUCUUUGCAUUAGGGAAGCUGGCUUUUGAAAAGAGCUCCAAAGAUGUUACCCAGACAGUCUUAUUUAGUCAAAAGGAUUUGGAAGAUAACGGAAUUGACGUCUCAUUUGUUUGUGGCGGCCUUUGUAAAGAGAUUGCUGGGGAAAAUGAACAAACCAGCUAUUCUUUUGUCCAUUUGGUAGUCCAGGAGUACUUUGCAGCCUUGUAUGUCUUCCUUUCUUUUCACAACCAUAAAAAGAACGCUUUUGGAAAAAAACUUAAGUUGUAUGAAAAGCCCAGUUACUCCCUGAUAUGCAAAGAGGCCUGCGAGAGUGCAGUUAAGAAAGGAUGUCAGGAAUUUUUUCUCAGGUUCCUUUGCGGACUAGGAAUGCAAAAAAGUCAGGAGUUUUUAAAAGGGCUCGUGGCAGUUGACACAGCUAAAGACGACUCACCGAAAAUUGCUAAAUUCUUGAAAAAGACUUUGCAGAGAAACAUUCCUCCUGAGCAAACCAUCAAUAUAUUGUACUGCCUAAGUGAAUUAAAUGAUGUAUCUGCCCUGGAUGACAUAAAGGCUGCUUUCAAGACUGGAACCUUUAAAUCUGAGUCUCUCUCACCAGCUCUGUGUGCUGCACUAGCUUUUGCUUUGCAGAUGUCAGAAGAGAACUACCAAGAAUUGGAUCUCUCAGUGUAUAAACUGCCGUCUAUUGGCAUACAGAGACUGCUUCUCAUUGCAAAUUAUUUUAGUGGGAUAAACUUAUCUGGAGCCAAUAUCAAGGAUAAUGGGAUGAAAAUACUCUCAGGUGUGAUGAAAAGGCAGGAUUGCAAACUUCAAAGUCUGAAAUUAGAUGGAAACAGUCUUACUCAUAAAAGUUGUGAGCAACUUGUUGAAGUCUUACCUGCUAACCACAGCAUAACAUUUUUGGACUUGAGUGAUAAUAAUUUACAGGACAAGGGUGUUAGCUUGUUAUGUGAUGCUCUAACAAAAGAGAAUUGUACACUGCAAAUCCUGAGGGUCUGUAAUAAUAAAUUAACUGCCAGUUGCUCUGAACAUCUCGCCUCUAUGAUUACUACGAACAAGACCCUGGUUGAGCUGGAUGUAAGUUGCAACAGAAUAGGUGAGGAGGGACUGAAACGACUAUGUGAGGCACUGAAGAAUGAAGAGUGUAAAUUGGAAAAGCUUGGGUUGAAUUCUAUAUUUGCGUUUGAGUUUGGAAUCAUGGGUACUUAUGAGGAUGCUCCUGGAGCUGAAAAUCUGUAUGACCUGCUGCAAGACAAAAAUUGCACAUUGCAAAGUUUGGGGUUGGCAAAGAAUUCAUACACAGUAAAAAGUUGCAAGCAGCUCAUCUCCGCCCUGAAAGAAAACGGGAGCCUGAGAGAACUGGACCUCAGCAACAACAGCUUGCAGAAUGAAGGAAUGGCUGCAUUGUGUGAGAUUCUGAGUGGACCAAGCUGCAAACUUCAUUCACUGAAGGUGGCGUGUACCAAAUUAACAAGUGAUUGUUGUGCGGAACUUUCAACUGUGUUCAAAACCAACCAGACAUUGAUGGAGUUGGACCUGAGCAUGAAUGAACUGGGAGAUAUUGGACUGAAUAAUUUUUUUGUUAAUGCUGCAGGCUGUAAAUUGCAGAAGCUGGGGCUAUCAAAAGUUGGACUCACAGAUGCCUUCACCAAAGGCAACAAAUCUACAUUUUCAACACUUCAGACACUGCGAAACCUUGAUUUAAGUUACAAUAAGUUUACAGACAAAUCUAUUCAAUGGUUUCAAGACCUCAUUUCAGAUUGUAAAACUCUUACGCCAAUAAGGGUGGAGAAGAAUCGUUUGUCUGCAGAUAGUUACAAAAAGCUACAGGAACUGGAGAAGAAAAGAAAUGAUCUCCAUGUAAGAGUGUCCAAGGUGGAAAAAAACUAAAUAACAUCAUCGAAUUGCCCUGUGCAAUGUUUUGAAUAUCUAAAAUUCUAUAGGAAUUAAUAGAAAAAUGCCAGAAAGCAUACUGUAAACCUAAAAAUUAUGUAAUCAUAGCAGUUGGGUGAUGGUGUGAAAUCAUUUUAUUUUCAUGAUAGUUUUGCUCAGCAAGUUUAAGUACUUGUAUCUAUCGCAGCAGAGACAUGAACUAUAGAGGCCGGGGUACAUUAAUUUCUGUUUUGCCCUGCUUGACCUCAGCGGGGUGUGUGUGUGUGAGAGAGACAGUUUUAGAAAGAUUGUACCCUGCAAACGAGAUUAACUACUAUGUGAGUAGAAAGGUGUGAAAGAGUAUUGUGUAUCAAAUUUCAAUUGUAGCAUUAAAUGGCAUCUCUAACUGGACAUACGUUGUGUCUUUCAAUAUGUGCUGAUUAAGCUUUUACUAUUUCAGAAAUGCUUAAUUUGUAAUGAAGUUGACUAAUAACAGCUGUGAAUUCUACAUUUAUUUAAAGUGGAUGAAAAUUAUGUAGAGUACCUAUUGCCAUUUUUACUAAAUGUUCAGGAUUUCUUUCGCUCUUACAAAUCCAAAAAGAUCAGAGCUGUGUCUGUAUGUAUAAGUAUGUAUUUCGUUAAAAACCUAAUGAUAAUAUUUUCAAUAAUCUUACUGUUAAUGAGGUGAAAAUUAUGGUAUCCUGCUAAUAGCUAAAUAGUUUUACAACAAAUGUAUAUAAUCCUACUGUUGAAUACCCUGAAUGCACUAUUAUUCAAAAGGCUUUCCAAAGCAAAAUUCAUGUACUGUAAUCUCUUGUUUGGAGACUUAAAGAAAAAGUCACUCAUUGUGAACUUACCAUAAAGAUAAUAAAU